ACUCACACACAUCAUAACACAAACCCCAAACAUUCUCAAUUUCUACUAAAUUCAUUCAUUCUCAACACAAUCACAAAUCACAAUGUACCCUCUCACAACAUAUCACUUGCACCAAAUCUUCGUCGAGCUAGACCGCAACAAAGACGGUCUAGUGAGCGUCGAGGAGCUCAUGUCGCUCCUCGACAAGCUCGGCCUGCAGGCAAAGCGGGCCGAGCUGGAGCUUCUAGUGGGCGAUAAAGCCCUAAACUUUUUCGAAUUCCUCUUUUUCUAUCAAACCUUAAACAGAAUCAUAGUUCAGGAAAAUACGGGCGAAAUCAAGGAGCAUCGGGCGGAGGAGGAGGAUCUUCGCAAGGCGUUCGGGGUUUUUGACCUGAACGGAGACGGGUUCAUCUCCGGCGAGGAGCUGCGGAUUGCGCUAGGGAGAUUAGGGUUAUGGGAUGAUGAGAAGAGGUGUGGAAAUGAUUGUAUGCAGAUGAUUGGCGUCUACGACACAAACUCCGAUGGAUUGCUGGAUUUCGAGGAGUUUAAGGAAAUGAUGUCCGGGGAUUCCUUGGAAUCUUCUUAGAACUUUCCUUCCUUUUUUUUCUUCCUUGGAAGGAACGUUGUUAUAUAGUUAAUGAGUGUGUAGAAGACAUUGUGUGUACGUUUUGUGUCUAUGUAUAUAUAGUUUUGUUAGAUCUUUAAGGUCUAUGGAGUGUUAGAAAAAAAGGUCUAUGAAAUUUAGUUAUUAAUUAAGAAUAUUAUUUAUUA